AUGGAUUUGACUGAAGAUGACGCCGCAUUGGCCGUCUAAGCCAUGUAGUAAUACGAAAAAGGCAGUGACAGUAAUAAAAACUUAGACACCAUGUCAAACGAUGACAUGGAACCUUGAGGCUGGAUCCAAUGGUUCUGAUCCCUCUAAAGCCAUGACUUCUUGUUAGAAAUCGAAGAAGAAUACAUUAAGGAUAACUUCAACCUAUUUGGAUUAAAAUAAGAAAUUUAAAACAGAAAGAUACUCCACCUGCAUUAAAAUGAUUUUAAGUAAUUAUUCUCCUUCAGAGGAGGAUCUCCAAAACGAAAAUUUUUAGAAUUGAACCAAGAAGCUUCUGAUUUAUAUGGGCUAAUUCACUCAAGAUUCAUUAUCGCUUAGAGAGGAUUGAGCAAACUUUACAAUAAGUUUCUUAAUGGAACAUACGGAUACUAUCCAAGAGCUUUAUGAGACAUCCAGAAGGUCCUCCUGGUCGGCCUCUCCGACAAGGUGAGAACAUCAAGAGUCAAGGUCUUCUGCCUCAAAUGCGAAGAAGUGUAUAUUCCAAAAUUUAAGAGCAUCAAAGUGGAUGGCGCAUAUUUCUGCACUUCAGUGCCACAUGUUUUCUUUAGAAGCUUCAAUGAGGCGGUUGCCCUGCAGCAGGGAUUUUUAACUAUGAGCCUAAGAUCCAUGAGUUCAGGAUUUACAAGAAAACAGGCUCCAGGGCCGCAGGGUCCAAGGAUGCUAUCACAUAUCCAAAAUUCUAUACUACAAGUGAAGCAGCAGAAGAACUGAAAAGUAGGGGCUCAAAGCCGAUUUCAAAAUUGGACAAAAUGAUGAAGACGUUGUCACUGACAAUUUCGAUGACAAAGACCAGGCAACCACACAAAAGAACAAUAAUAACAAUGUAAGGAAGGGUAAAGGAAAAAGGUAGAAGAAAGACGGAAGAAGAUAAGUAGCUGAUAAUUGUGUUCUAAAGGUGUUUUUCAUAUAAAUUUCUUUAUAAUGAGAUUCAGCAAAUUUACACUUAAACUCCAAGAUUUCCUCCUUAUCGAUCAAAUUUCAUCCUUAUAAGGCAUCUCCUCGGGCAAGGUUCAUCGAUUCGUACUCGACCUUUCAGAAGACGUUAAUGAAGCCGAAAUAAGCUUGAAAUAUUUUACAGUUAUCUUGAAAAUUAUGAAAUCCUUCAAGCAUAUAAAAUCACGAAAACGGUGAGGACGAGGACUAAGAAAGUCUUAAAGAUUCUGAAAUACAUUGUAUGUCUUAAAGCUCGUCAAGGCCAAGAAUGACCUUAAGAAACAAACAGAGAUUUUAAGGAACUGAGUCAUCUUGAGAUAGGGAUUAUGAUACCGAAGAGGAUCACUUUGUCAUCCUACCCAAAGAGCAUAGAUACCAAACUGGCUAAGCUAUCCCUACAAAUGUCCCGAAGAUAGUGCUCAAGAGAAACUAUCUUGAAGCAAGGAUUUGGAAGAGGAAGAGUCGGGUUAAAGAAAGCCUUCAACGCCAGAAGCAGAUUUAUAAACAAAUAAAGGUGCCUAGGUAUGCUAUGCACCAUAACUCUUUUGCAUUCUAAACU